AUGAACGUCUUUCUCCCGGCUCUCCUGCUGUCGAAGCUCGGCUCCUCGGUGGACGCCCGCCAGGCGGUGGCGCUGUGGCCCCUGGCCGCCAACAUGGUCGCGUGCCACCUGGUCGGCCUGCUGCUCGGCGGCGCGCAGGUGGCGCUGCUGGGCGUGCCGCAGGAGCUGCGGGCGCAGACCGUCGUCAUCCCGGCGCUGGGCAACGUGGGCAACUUGCCGCUCGUCCUGGUGCCUGCGCUGCUGGCCAGCCCCGGCAUGCAGGCCGCCGGCGUCGGCCCCAACGGGGGCGCGGGCGACCUCGGGGUGGCUUAUGUGAUGUUUGGGUUUUUCGUGGCCAGCUUCAUCCAGUUCCCGGUCGGUUGGCUGAUGCUGCAGCGCCCUGAGGCUGAGCCCGCGGCGCUGGCAGGCAGCUCGCCAUCGCUGGCGAGCGCCACGCUCGCGGCCGGGCCGAGCGUGAUGGCGGCAGGCGCCGUCGGGGCUGCCCUGCCGGGCGGUGGCAGCACCGGCACGGCGGCCUCAACGGCAGUUGGCGGCAGCGUGGCGGCAGUAGCAACGCCUCUGCAGCAGCAGCAGCAGCAGCUGCAGCAGCAGCAGCAGCAGCAGCAGCAGCAGCGUUUGCGAGCGCUGGCCAAGGGCAUCUUUACGCCGCCAGUGAUUGCGUGUUUGUUAGCAGUGCCAGUUGCAUCAGUGCCAGAGCUGCGAGACGAGCUCUUCAGGCCUGCGGGCUCCCUGGCGUUCCUGGGUGACGUCAUCGACCGGCUGGGGGCGCCUAUGAUCCCGUGCCUGUUUCUGGUGCUGGGCGCCAACCUGGCAGAGGGACCUGGCAAUGCGCAGGUGCCAAUGCGCGUGCUUGUCGCGAGCUGCUUCAGCAAGCUGGUCCUGCACCCCCUCGCGGGCGCGGCCCUGGUGCUCCUCUCGCUCCGCGCGGGCCUGCUGCCGGCCGACAUGGACCCCGCCAUCCCGCUGGUGAUGAUGAUCGUGUGGGCGACGCCGACAGCGGUGCUGGUGCACGCGCUGGCGACAAUGAUGCAGAACGGCGCCGACCAGGUCGCUUCUCUGCUGUUCUACCAAUACAUCGCCAGCCUGGUCACGCUGCCCGUGUUCAUGGGGCUCGUCCUCCAACUGUACACCACCGGCCAGCUGGCGCCCGCGGCGUACGCGGCCGCGGCGGCCCUCCCUGCGGCGUGA